UCGGCGCCUUGCACCAUGAACACCCUCACGUACCUCAAGCAGAUUGAGGAUGCGACCCACCCCGAGGCGACAAUGACCGAAACCUUCGUGUCGGUGGCGUCCACGGGCGCCUUGUACCGCGUGUACGUCUUCUUGACGGCGGAUGCGAGCAAGUUUAGCUACAGCUGCGCGGGCCUCGUGAUGACGACGCAGCUGACCGGUGCCGCGGUGGACAUGUACCGGCGCCGCGUCAUGCUGCUGUCGCCCGAGCUUCUCGAGGCCAUCGCGACAUAUUUGCCUUCUGAAGGCAUGACGGCGUUCCUCGCAGCGCUGCCCGAGCAGAUGCGCACGCCGGUGCUGCAGCUCAUCGCGACGCUAUCGAAAGCUCUGGGCCUUGAAGUUGUUUGGCCCACGCUCAACCUUGCUAUUCUCACGCAGCUUGCGAAUGCCAACGACGUGAUCGCGCAGCUACUCACCGUGAACCCGCGCCUGUCCGUCAUGGUAUAUGGAUUGCCCCAUGUGCCAGUGGUCGCCACGCCACCGCGCACGUGGCCGAGGCUCGACCACAUCUCCAUCUCCCUCACGAUGAAGAAGCGCGCCAUACUACCGCGUGUGCUAGCGACCCUCCAGGAAGUGCUCCUGGCGAACGCGUCGCUCCGAUCGAUCGACGUACACUUUGCAGUGCUGCGCUCACAGAGCAGCACCUCACAGAGCAACGCGCUCAGCGCGCUCGUGGACCUUCUCGUGUCGAUGAAAAGCGUGACCAAGCUGUCGCUGCGCGCAAUCUACAAGGUGCGCUUCCCGGACGCUGCGGCCGAGGCGCUUGCCGCUUGGAUCGAGGCGACACCGCUCACGUCUCUGACAUUGAACAACUUUUAUGAGCUCUCGCCACGACAACGCUAUUGGCUCAAGCCUACACUCGUAGCUCUGGCACUACCCAACACCGACCUUCAGCUGGGAAAUAGCGGCUGCCCAAUGUCGCGCCACCUGACGCACCUCGACCUCCGUCUCUCUGGCUCGUCACCGAUGCAGAGCGUCGCCGGCGUGUUUGUCCAGAGCCCGCUGCAGUCGCUCCACCUGUGUCUUUCCUCCACCGCAACCGACAGUGAUAUGCACGCGACGCAGCACUUUCUCGAAGUCGACCUGCCGCAUCUGCACCAGCUUUUGACGCUGCGCUUGACCAACGUUCGCCUCUCGACGACCCACUGCCUUACACUCGCACCACUUGUGCCACGCUAUGCGCAUCUCAGUCUUACGUCCAACAAGAUGGGCGACACCGGCGUUCUCGCCCUCGCUCCGUUUCUUCGACAUACGCUGCAGCUUGAGACGCUUGCCCUUGUCGGCCAAGGCUUUGGUGACGUCGGCGCGUCCACGCUCUCGACGGCGCUCGUGCACACGACGCGUUUGAGUACGUUGGACCUUCGCCGUAACGCCAUCGAGGUUGAUGGGGCCGCGGCGCUGAGCAGCCUCCUCGGACAUCUCCCACGGCUGGCUGAAUGGCGCAUUGGCAACAACCCACUGGGUGCGAGCGGCGUCGCUGCUCUCUUGCAUGCGUGGACGUACGUGGAGCUCACGACGACGACAGUGAUUGACGCCACCAGGACGAUCGGCAAAACCGACGACCAGCGGGUUUGCAAUGCACUCCUCUCGGAUCUACCGCCGUACCGGACGUGCUUGAUAUCGCGCGAGAUCACGAAUGCGCAAGAGGCUUCGGCGACGGCUGCACGGCGCCUUCGUGGCGAUCAAGACCAGCCGUGA